AUGACAACACUGCUGAUCAAGGACCCAUGCGAUGUGGGCAUCAAAGCUCUGGAACAUAAACCGAAGCUCUGUGAGCUCUGUGGGGCCCCGGCAGCCCCUGCGUUGGCAGGGUAUGGAACCCCAUGGUUGACCGAUAGCAGGAAGCCCAGCCCCUCGGGGUCGUAUUACGAUGGUGGGGGAGGGAGGAUGCCUCACUCACCCUCUGAUCACGGUCCGGACCGCCGCACUCGCUCGCCACACGGUUGGCAUGGCAAUGGAGAGGAGGAGCUGCGAGGCCGAAGGCGACCAAUCAGAGACGGACGAGGUCGCUGGCACUCACAGGACCACCCUCUGGACCAGGUUCAGGAUGAGCGCGAGCGACAGCGGCGGCAGGAGGAGGAGUUUCAGGCUCGUUACCGUAGUGACCCGAACCUGGCUCGUUACCCAGUAAAGCCGCAGCCGAGCGAGGAGGCUAUGAGGAUGUUGGCUCAGGUUGGCAGGGUCCGCCACCAACGCCGCCACAGCGACGUCUCCCUGGCAACCUCUGAGCCCGACCAACUGACUUUGAGACAUACAGCUGUCCGUCAGAAUCGGGUUCAGGGAUUGGUCGGCUCUGGAGGUCAAAGGUCGUUCUCUGUGGACCGGGUAGUCAAUCAUGUCAGCCCCACGUCUCCGCGCCGCAGCCCGUUACCUCAGCAACACCUGGACCCAAGCUCCGCCCUCAAGAGGAAGCCAGCGUAUGAGAGUGCAGCACAGAGGGCGCGGCGGAUGACCAAGAUGCAUGUGAUUGGUAGCUUCAGCAGCUCGGAAGAGGAGCUAGCGACCACACCUGACUACACCAGCUGUGACGAGCCCGACAGUGAGUUGCUACAUGCUAAUGUUAGCCACAUGAGGCUAGGUGGCUACAUGCUAAUGUAA